CCGGCGCCGGCCGCCGAGCCGAGACACGCCCACCUGCGGGUGGUGCUGGACGUGUUCGAGGCCUUCCUCAACACGGACAACGUGCUGGUGUUCGCCAACGCCGCUGUCGACUGCAUUCUCUGCCUGCUGAAGCACGUCCGCGGACCAACCGAGCUGCAGGACAACAACAGCAGCCUGCAGGACCAGGAGCAGGUGGUGCCGCUGGACACGCUGGGCGGCACACAGCUGGACCUGUGCCGCGCCGCGCUGCGCUACAUCAGCCGCUGCCACGCCAUCCUCGCCUCCAUGCACGGCAUGCACAGCUGCCCCGUCUUCCACGCCGCCCACAGGAUCCAGCUGAACACGGCGCCCCUGACGGUGGACCCGGCGCCCGAUGACGAGUCGGCGCCGCCGGAAGAGCCGCCGACGUCGCCCGCCGACGGUCCACCCGUCACCUACGAGCGGCUGGCCGUCCAGGGGCCGUUCACGGCGCUCGAGCAGCUCGAUAACGCCAGCGGGAUCCUGCGCGUGUGGUACCUGCUGCUGGAGGGCCUGGCCGGAGCCACGGCCACCUGUCCCCGCCGGCACCAGCCCCAGACGAUGGAGACGCUGUUCACGCUCCUCCGCUCGCUCGCCAACCGGCCCGGCGCCGAGUUCGGCAUCUACUGCGUCAACCACCUGCUGCUGCCGAUGGUGCAGGGCUGGCUGCGGCGCACCGGCAGGCGCCACCGCGGGUGGGACGCGUUCGCCACCAACUUCAAGCAGUGCUGCGGCCUGGCCACCGACCUGGUGGUCUUCUACCACAAGACGCUGCCCGCCGACGCGUCCGAGCGCCAGCGGGCCGGCGCCCAGCUGAUGAUGCGACAGCUGCUGCUGGUCAUGAUCGAGUGUGUCUGCCAGCCGCACGAGGUCAUCUCGCGACUCGGCUGCGCCUGCAUCAGGUACCGUCCCUCUGACAACAGCACACUGCAUGCCACGCUGUCUCCCACACUGCCGCUCUCCCGCUGCAGUCGGCAGUCAGCGGCCAGCUCGCUGCCGACCGCCUGCCGCUCAGUGGCCCGCUCGGGCCGGCCGCUGGUGCACCUCAUCCGCGCCUGGUCCGUCGUCUGCCACCACCUGAUGGAGGCGGCGUGUCACAAGGAGCUGGCCGUGUCCAAGAAGGCGGUGUGCUGCAUUCACGACACGGUCAACGCCAUGCUGAGCUCCCACUCGGAGCUGCCGCACUUCCACGUGAACGAGGCGCUGUUCAAGCCGCUGGAGACGCUGCUCUGCCUGGAGCUGUGCGACGCCGACGUCCAGGACCAGCGCGCGGCGCCGGCGCAGUGA